AUUACAUUCAAAGUUUUGAAAUUUUUGUUUUUGAUAUUUUUUAGAUGUUGUGAAAUAUGAAUUCAUAAAGUUAAUUGUCUCGGUCACACGACUUGUUACAAUCUUCACACUUAAACAAAAUUCCAUAUAAAUUGUGUUGGCGGUCGCGUAUACUAUCAUUUGUUGACGGUCACCCUGUGCUGUUCGUGAUUAUCAUUUACUUAGCGUCCAUGUGACUGAUAAAUAUAUCAAGCCACAGUUAAAUAUAUUUCUUGAGUCAAAACUACAAUAUGAGUCAAUCACGUCUUGCUUCUUGUAUACCGCUUCCACUAGACAACAAAGUACUUUCAAGUGUAGUAGAAAAAGCAAAAGAUUGGGCACUGAUGCAUGGUGUGGGGAUGAGAGAUAAAGCACAUUUCUCAAAGGAUACCAUCCAGAUUGCUCCUUUUGUGUUACUGCCAUCACCUUUUCCAAGAACAGAGUUCACAAAAGCGGUGGACUUACAACCAGUCUUGAAUGAACUAAUGCAUAAGGUUUCUCAUGAUGAUGAAUUUCUCGAAAAAACCCUUCAAAAUGCCCUUGAAGUUGACGACUUUACCGCCAAGCUGUAUAACAUUUGGAUAAAAGUUCGCGAAGAAGGAAUAACACAGCCAAUAUCAUUAGGGAUGCUGCGAUCUGACAUCAUGCUGGAGUCGCGUUGUCCCCACACUGAAAACCAGUGUGCCAAGCACACUCCAUACUGUUCCUGGAAGCAGGUGGAAAUCAACAGUAUCGCAUCCGGUUUCGGUCACCUGGGACCCUCUCUAAGCCUGGGUCUAUUUCGCUCCGACUACUUGAUGCAGCAACCAGACAGCAAUCGAAUAAAACAAGUGGAGUUUAACACGGUGGCAGCGAGUUUCGGCGCCAUCACCUCUUAUCUUCCCUCCAUGUUUCGUUAUGUCUUGAGGCAAUUGGGACAUGGUGAACUUAUCAAAAACAUGCCAGAAAACAGGGCCCUGUCAGGUUUGUGCUCGGGUAUAAUCGAGGCCUACGACAUGUUCGGUGUUCCCUCCGCAGUGGUGCUCUUUGUGGUCGAAGAAGUCUCCUACAAUAUUUGUGAUCAGCGAUUCCACGAGUUCGAGAUAUCCGAGAAACGGCCGGAUAUUAUGAUCUACAGGAAGACGUUGAACGAAAUUUACGAAGAGGCCGAGUUGAACGACAAGAAACAGCUGGUCAUAGAGGGUCGGGCCGUGGCGGUGGUGUACUACAGGUCCGGCUACGAGCCGGCCCAGUACCCCUCGCAGAAGGAGUGGGACGCCAGGCUCAAGGUCGAGAGAUCGUCGGCCAUCAAGUGUCCGUCGAUCCACUACCAACUCGCGGGCACCAAGAAGGUGCAACAGGCGUUGGCGGCCCCCGGAGCCCUCGAGAGGUUCAUGGCCGAAGGGGAGCUGAGGUCCCGGGUUCGAGACAUCUUUACGGGGCUCUACUCUCUGGACUUCGACGACAACGGGGAGAGGGCCGUCGAAAUGGCGAUCGCCGACGCGGAAAGAUUCGUAUUGAAACCCCAACGCGAAGGAGGCGGAAACAACUUGUACGGCGCCGAUGUGAAGGAAGCGCUUUUGAGGAUGAGACACAGUCGCGAACGAGCGGCCUAUAUUCUCAUGGAGAGGAUAUUGCCACCCUUGAUAUCGGGUUACGUCGUGCGUCCGAACGCAGCCGUCCCUCCGUCUCUAUGCGAUCUGGUCUCCGAACUCGGCAUCUUUGGAGUUAUUAUUGGGAACAAAGAGAAGAUCUACAUCAACCGCCAAGUGGGUCACAUGCUCCGGACGAAACUGGCCGACGCCAACGAAGGGGGCGUGGCUGCGGGCCUGGGCGCUUUGGACUCGCCCUACUUACUCGAUUUAUAGUUAAUCAUUGUUUUGUUUAUUUUUAUAUUAAUCAGCUAUUUCUUAUUGUUAUGUCUAAUUUUAACGUGAAUUUUAUAUUUUUUAUAUUGUCAUCAAUUUGAAUCGUACUAUAAUACGUAAGCCUUUACGUAGUUUGAUUUAGUUGACGAAAUGUUUACGAUCUGUUUUCUUUUUCAUAGCAAGUCAAUGUUUAUGUGAAUUAGAUUUUUAUACUAUAUGCAUUCCUAUGUCAUGUCAAUUCCUAUGACACUUCGUUAACUUAAAGGCAAAAAACGCACAUUCACUAUGAGAUUGUAAAUAUUGUGAUGUUUGGAGGCUGUUUAAAGCAAAAUGAAGGGUUAAAUUUUAAUAAAUUCAAUUUUGUGA